AUGCAGAAACUGUGGCACGACCUCUACGAGGCGGAGACGCUCUCAGAUGCAAGGCGCGCAGUGCUGUCAACUGUUCCGCAGUGGGUUCCUUGGCUGGGUGGUGGCGUAUGUCUCAUAGCGUAUGCGGCGGUUUUACGCACGAGGCUCUUCUUAGCAAGAUGGCGGCGAGCGGCCCGCAAGCGAGCGGAGCGUAAGUUUUCUGGCUUUAGGCGGUGGAAAGGGUGUGAUGUUCCACCACCAUGCGUGGUGAUCACGCGCAUCGAGGAUGAAGUUGACGGAGACGAGGACGGUGACGGCGGUAGCGACGCGGAGGGAGGCAGAUGCGGCGAUGGAGGUGCCGCCACCAUGUUAUCGGUGGAGGACAUAGCAGAGUUUCGCUGUAGCGUUGGGCUGCGCUCCCCGCGUGAUGACGACCUCCUGAUCAUGAUCGAGGAGAUGCUUUUGGUCGAUGACGUACCUGAUGGAUGGGUAUUGUGUCGUACCACUUCCGGGGUGGUACGAUUCAUGAACCUCAGUACGCAGGAGCUCUGUCUUUUCCCGCCUGGGCGGCAGGGGAGGGGGCACUACAUACGUAAGGAGUUGCGACGGCGCAAUAAGCUUGAAAUCGAGAGUGGGUUUAGUUUAUCGUAUAAUAAUGACGAGGUGUUUAACGAGUCCUGGGGAGGGGGUGGCGGUCACACCGGGAAAUUCCCCAUUAACGAUAGCCUCGGCAAAACCUCUGAAACAGAUUCUUCACUACAAAGGAACCAUAGCAGGGGCACAGACAGGAGCACACGAGACGACGCCCACUUCGUUUCUGACGAGGACACGCUAAGUUUUAGCAGCGAUGAGGCUGACCUCUACGGUGAGGGUGAGCAAUCUGCCUUUCGGCGCGUGUUCCGAUACUUCCUCGAACGAGAGAAGAGGAGGAUAGAGAGAGAUGUGGAGAUGCAGUUCUGGAGCUGUGAUACAAACGGUGAUGGCACGGGUAAGGAUGACAAUGUCGCGAGUGCUAAGGUAGAAAACUGUGGCCUACGGUUGUUAGUUUCCAACGGAUCUCCCGGGCAAAAUAUGCGGGAUAUCGUUAGUAGACCCAACGGUCGUGAUUAA